AUGGCAGAAAUCCAAAUCGACCAACCCACGCUCGACUCCGUCCGAGGCAAAGUCGUGGUCAUAGCCGGCGGCGCCCAAGGCAUCGGCGCAGCGACAGUGUCGCAACUGUACACCUCCGGGGCGCACGUCUUCUUCGGCGACUGGGACGAGAAGAAGGGUUCGAACCUGGCUGACGAAUUGCGCGCGUCGGCAUCAACCUCGGCCGGCAGCGUGACGUAUCUAAAGGUCAAUGUGCGGGAGUAUCAGUCUCUGCUCUCGUUAUUCGACGCCGCGUACAAUCAGCACGGACACGUCGACAUGGCGAUUUGCUGUGCUGCUGUGACAGAGCGGCCUGGGUACUGGGAGCCGGAACUGCUAAACUUGGAGAGCGUGAGGGAGACACCGACCGGCAUCGCCGACGUCAUCGACAUCAACCUGAACGGCACGCUGUAUUUCGCGCGCCUGGCCGUCGCGUACCUCAAGGAGAAACAUACCUUCGACAGAGCGUCCACAUCGGCCGAAUCGAUCAAUUCUUCGAAAUGCAUCACGCUGGUGUCCUCGGUCGCCGGGUUCAAAGAGUCGCCCGGCUUAUUCGCAUACUCGGCCGCCAAGCACGGCGUAGUGGGACUCAUGAGAGCGCUGCGUCCUUUCGCUGCGCCCUUGUACGGGUUGCGGGUCAACGCAAUCUGUCCCUGGGCAACAGACACGCAACUCCUGUCGGGCGUCCGCGCCGAGUGGGUCAAGAACGACAUGCCAAUGAACCAGCCAUCCGAUGUGGCAAAGUAUAUCAUCCAAGUCACAGCCAGUCCGACGGCGCACGGGAAAGCUCUGUUCGUAGCAGGUGGUAAUGCCGUGGAUAUCGAAGAGGGCAUCAAUCGCACGGAGCCGCAGUGGUUGGGUGAAAAGAAUUCAAGAGAGUUGAACGCCGGGCAGGUGAUUCUGGGUCUGGGAAUGGAUUGGGGACAUAAUGGACCGAAAGGCGGCGAGACCAAGACAAAUGGAACGGCCACCUGA